GGUAGCUCCAUCUCCAGCAGCAGCAGCAGCAGCAGCGUCGUCGUCGUCUCAGCAGCAGAACUCGGUGCAGCAGCUCCAGGACCCGGGCAGGAUGCUCCCGCUCCGAGUGUGGCUUGGCAGCAGCGCCCCAGUGCCCAGGCUCCUGGGGCCGGGGCCCCACAGUCUCUUGGCCCAGCUGGUGGGGGACAUGCAGAUGCACCUGGAGGAGAUGGAGCGACUGAGACACUCCCUCCUUCUGGCUUAUCCCCUUCUCUGUGGGGAGGGUGAGGGGAGGAGGCCAAGGCCGAGCAGCCGGUCCCUGGCGGAGGGUGCUGGGAAAGAGCCCGGCUCCCAGGCGCAGGGGAAGGACAAGUUCCAGCUCUCCAUGGACGUGAGCGGCUUCUCCCCAGCUGAGCUGAUGGUGAGAGUGGACGGGAGGAAGCUGACGGUGACGGGGAAGCAGGAGAAGAAAACGGCGUCGGAGGCUGGAGUCUGCUCCCACGAAUACAGAGAGAUCCGCAGAGAAACUCUCCUGCCGGAAGACGUGAACGUGGAGGCCGUGCUCUGCUCCCUGUCCCAGGAUGGGCAGCUCUGCAUCGAGGCGCCACAUCUGGCCCU